AUGAACUCAGGCGUUAAGCCAGUGACUAUCGAUGUCAGUACGACAUCGUUUGAAGAACCCACAAAACGUAUCUUUGAUUCCCGCGGUACACAAAUAUUCCAGAAGUCACUUGCGAUUUAUAGGCUGAAGCUGUAUCUUAAUCGAUACGUCAGCGCCAUGUCUGGUGAGAAAAUUGACAGAAGAAGCAAAAAUCCUAGAGUGAUGGAGUUCGCCGAAAUUUUAGUUUUCUUGUCGUCGCUAGUGGAUGAAACCCCAGCGCUUCCAGGCCCAAGACGGUACGGGAACCUCGCCUGCAGAACAUGGCAUGACAAAUUGGAAGAAAAAUCGGGCACCUUGCUACGCAACUUUGUGCCACUUGAGUACCAUAAAACUGUUGUAGAACUGAAAUACUAUUUUGUUAAUUCCUUCGGAUCGCGGGAGCGACUAGAUUAUGGUACCGGCCACGAGCUCGCUUUUUUCGCAUUGGUGGUUGCUUUAGAUAUGCUGGGCAUAUGGGGUCCCGAUCUUACAGGCUCAGAUCUUUUGUUUCUAUUCUGUCGCUAUUAUUCACUUGUAAGAAAGCUUGUACUAACUUAUACUUUGGAACCAGCUGGAUCGCAUGGUGUUUGGGGGCUAGAUGACCACUUCCAUUUAAUUUAUAUCUUUGGGGCGUCACAAUGGGCCGAUGGACGUACCGCUCCUGCUUCACCAAAAGACAUGCAGAAUAAUCUCAUCGUGGCCGAAAAUGCUGGAACAAAUUUAUACUGUCAAGCAUUGUCGUUCGUUUUUAAAGUCAAGUCUGGUAAGUUUUCUGAACAUUCGCCAAUGCUUUACGACAUUUCACAAACGGUGCCAACGUGGUCAAAGGUUCAGCGCGGACUUUUGAAGAUGUACUUUGUUGAGGUACUGAAUAAAUUUCCAGUGGUUCAGCACUUUUGGUUCGGUAGAGCUUUAUUUCCAUGGGUUAGUCUUGACAAUGUUGAUUUGCCUACUUACGAAGCGGCUCUAGAGACACAGCUUCCACAUAUCGCUGUAAAUGUAACGGAGAUGCGACAUCCAAUGAACCCGCCGAAUUUUCCAAACGCUAAUCGGUUCAUAUCUCAUGAUAGGUUCAAAAGGGGGUGA